AUGGCCUACGGUCGAGGAGGUGACCGGUCGUACGGGCAAUAAGAGGUGCAAGAGAGAAAGGCCAGCCAAGGGAGGAAGAAUAGAGGAAGAGCUUGAAGCCAAGGUUUUGGUGAGAUAAUUGUGAGAGGUUUAGGAUGAAUUUACAAUAUAUAUUUGCAAUGGCAACUGAAUUGUUAACAACUUGACAAGGAAUCGCAGUUUGUGUAGUGAAUUGGAUGGAUUUCGACCUCUUUUUCACCAUAAGUGGUAUGGAAUUCGGAACCCAAUAGGCCUUUGCCUGAUUGUCCGCUGUUUUUCAAGGUUAAACAAAUCAGCUUGGCGAAUUUGUUGAUUUUUCUCCCAGGCGUGAAUUUUGCAGAGAAGAUGUUUUGAAUUUUAUCUGCCUGCGCGGAAAAAUUUGCAAGCUUAAAGAUCGGGUCGAAUUACGAAGAUAACUGGAGAUAUUUGGGAAAUAUAUGCUCCGAUCUAUUUUCAAUGAGCACAUAGAUGCGGAUCUCCUGUUGGAUAUUAUCUCUUCAUUAAUUGUCAAGGUCUCUUCAUUAAUAAUCAAGAUGAGCUCUCUUCAUUAAUUAUCAAGGUGAUUUCAUAAGCUGGGUUUGUUAGUGAGAUCGAUUUUACUCAAAGCUCAAAAGGAAAAUGGCUCGACAAUCUCUGUAUAUGCAGUGAAUUUGUUGCAUUUGAGAGCCUGAAGUUGGAGAUAUUGUACAGAACAUUGAAUUGAGCAGAAGUAGGAUUAUGUGCUAAUAUUGUGCUGGACAUUGUACGACAUGGAGUCAAGAAAGAGGAUGGACUACGGAUUCCAGGGCUAUCAGGCCCCUCCUCUACCCCGAGCCAUGCGAUCUGCAAGGGGGCGUGGUGCAGGAUCACGGAAGAAAAAUGAUGAUGAAAAUGGGAUGGUGUUUUUCGAAUUAUUGGCCACUGUUGCUGGAAAUCUUUUGCAACAGCAAGAAGCUCAGAAAGAAGUGUCUGCAGUUCAAGGUGUUAAUUCAUUUGAUCAUUCUGAGGAAGAAGGAAAUGAUCUGAGGGAAGAAGAGAGUAGUGCUGAACAGGCCCUCUUGGAAUUAGAUAAAUCUCGCAUUUUUCCACCUGGAAAUGAUGUGCAACGGCUGGAUUUUUCAACCAAGGGUACUAAAGUUGAGCCAGAUGACCAAGGAAGCUCAGAUGAGAAUACCAUAGCUUCUGGUGCAACCCAUUGGAAGUUUGCUGCUGAAGAGCUUCCUAUAAAGGAGGACCCAGAUAUGUCAAUUCAGACUGUAUCUAAAUCUGUUUCAAGUAUACAUAAACUGGAUUGCCUCAGGCAAUCUUCUUUGGAUAAUGAGAAAGUUUUAGGUAUGUGUAUAAAUACACAAGCUGCAAAUGAAAGGCCAAUGCAAGGCAUCUCCCUUGGGGAUGUUGAAGAUAAAAAGGGAUAUUGUACAGAUAAAGAAAGGUUUUGUACAAAUGAUUGCAAAGGGAAAUUGUGUUUACUUAGUCAUGGACAGGGUUUGCCUGAGUCUGCUGACGAGCUAGCCAAAGAGACCUUGGGUUUGGUUGAAAAUGGCGAAGGAAAAGGGGAGAACGAGAUUGAUGAAAGCAAGUUAGGACACUGGAAAAGGAAACUUCAUGUGGAAGAUGAAUCGAUGCAUGAUGCAAAUUCCCUUCCUGCUAGUUCGGCAGUCAGUGAGGAGACACCCAUGUCCACAGAUACAAAACCUCCUGCACUGGUUAGUUCAGGCAGCAGUGAAGAUUUACCUGUUUGUGCAGGGAGCAAACCCCGAGAUUCUUUCUUUAAUUCUCCUAACAAAAGGAUCAAAGUUUGCAGAGAUGAUGACGACAACUCUUCUGGAUGUACCACUCCAUCCAGAAUAACCAAAAAUUUGUUCAAAAACAAGUAUGUCAGGGGAGCAAAACUUAGAAGAUCACUGUCAAAGAUCAGGCAAGCAGUUUCAGCUUCUUCCAUAAAGCGCAAGCACUCUGAAAUAAUGUCCAAUAAUACAGGUACUAUUGUAAAAGGUGGAUCUCUUGAUUCUGGAGAAGGCUUCACAGGGCAAAGGACAGUAAGGUGUUCACCUUUUAAAAGGAAGAGGCUAGCCAAAGAAACCUUUUCUUCUGACCCGGAUUUGCAUGCAAGCACUGCUAGUGCAACUUGUCUAGAUAGCAAUGGGGUAGAUGGUGACCCUCCUGUUUGUGCUUCAAAGAUUCGCAGAGCAAAAUUGUCAAGUGUGGCAUCGUCACCAAUGUCAGCUGCAGGUUCUUCAAAACAUUCAUCCAAGAAAGCAGGCGACUCACUUGUGAAGUUGAGCAUUAAGUCAUUUACAAUCCCAGAGCUUUUUAUUGACAUGCCAGAAUCUGCAACUGUUGCCAGUUUGAAGAGAGCAGUGAUGGAAGCUGCAAUGAAUCUUCUCGGAGAUGGAUUGAGAGUUUGUGUUCUUCUUCAAGGAAAGAAGCUGCCUGAUGAGAGUGAUACUCUACACCAAUUAGGCAAAUCGCAUGGUGGGAAGCUGGAUUCUGUUGGGUUUAUGCUAGAACCAAAUCCAACAUCAACAUCACAGGCAUGCACUGAGGAUCCACUUUUUUUGCUCUCUCGAGCAGCAACUAAAACUCCACCAAGAUACCCCACAACAUCUACUUCAGCACAGACAAGUGUCACUGAAGGUAAUAAAAGUGUACUGAAAGGUAGGUCGAAUAAGACAAAUGGGACGGCGAGUGCAGAAGUGGCAGUUAGUCCAGCUGGUCGAACACAGACUGAUACAAACCAGUAUGCAAAGAGUGAAUAUGAAACAACAACAGAUUCUCUAGUGAAAACUGGGGCCCUUCCUGGAACCCUCAUUGUGCAUCCAAGCAUAGCGACUGAAAGUGCACAAGGAUUGGCCUUAGUACCAUUAAAUCAUAAGAACCCAUGCUCCGAGCUCGGUAAACGGCGGAUUCGAAGGCCAUUUACUGUUAAUGAGGUAGAGGCACUUGUUCAAGCAGUCGAAAAGCUUGGGACUGGCAGGUGGCGGGAUGUCAAGCUGCGUGCAUUUGAACAUGCAAAGCACCGGACCUAUGUUGAUUUAAAGGACAAAUGGAAAACCUUGGUUCACACAGCAAAGAUUGCUCCUCAUCAGCGAAGGGGAGAACCAGUACCUCAGGAUCUGUUGGACAGGGUUAUACAUGCACAUAAUUAUUGGGCAGAUGAACAGGUCAAGCAACAAGCAGAGCUUUGCCUGUAAAAGAGGCAAGCACUUUAAAAAAGAUUUCAGCUUAUGGCACUUAUAUAUCCCGCCUGAACUGGAAACAAUACCAUGUAAAUGUAAAAUCCUGACCAUAUUCUUAGCCAGCUCCCUUAUUUUCUGGAGUUUGGCAUGUGUACAGAAUUCAUCUUGUAACCACUUGUUUAUAGUUGGCUCUGGUGGGUAGUGCCUCUUCUUGAAAUGAGAGGUAGAAGAAUAGCAAGCACACCAAACACACAUGUAGAUGCAUUUUACUUGCAAAUUGACACUAACACAAUUUGUUGAAAUGGCUAUUGCAAAAGCAUAGCAACAUACACAAACGAGCAGGGUAUAUGCUAAGUGAUCAGCCUCAUCUUUAUGAUGCUUUUCCACAGGGCUUCAUGUCUUGCUUUUGUGUAACAUCUGUAGAAGGUGUAAAUCCUUACUCUUCAAGGAUGGAUCUUUAGAUUAGGUUCAAAUUUCAAUUAUUUUGCCAGAUGAAUCUGCAAGCAGAUUGUGGCCACUGUUCACUUACUGUUUGUCUUCAUCACUGUUCAAUCUCUUUAUUUAUUUGUUGCAAUGAAAUGUAGAUUAAAAAUCCA